GCCAUCUUCCUCUAGGCUCACUGAGGGCUUUCUCAACCUCUUCUGGGGAGGCAGCUGCGACGAGGAGUGUUCCCUGCCCCCGGCCUGUGUGUCCGACUCCGCAGCAGUGUUUAGCUUGUAGUUUAUAAAGUUUACGCUUGGACCCUUUUCAAAGGAAAAUAAACCUUGCAGACCUCAGAGAAUAUGUCUUCAGACCCCACUUUGUGGAACAGUGAUAAUUAAGUUUAAGUUGCUUUUACAGAAUUAACAGGUGUCCAAGAAAUUUAAAAAUACAAAGGUAAGAUAUCCAGAGUUUAAGGCUUUUCACAGAGGCUUGACAAAAAAAAUGUAAAAGUAGAAUAAUACAUAUUAGGUAUCCAUGGCUUCUGUACUUUAUGUCUGGCCAGUGAUGCACUAGUGGUAAGCAAUUUAUUAUCAUGAGCAAAAAUUAUAUACUAACCAUAGAUGGCUUUUAUAAAUAUGUAAAAUUCAUCAUGGUAAAAUUCUUUCAUCCGCAAAGUUCUCUCUCGUGUCAGUAGAAAAUAUGUUUCUUAGUGAGUCUGAAAAUAGUUUGGUCUUGUUGUGAAGCAGCACUUGGCAGGCUUACAAAGAAGAUUUUAUAUUUUUGAUGUUCAUACUAUAUAGGAGAGGUAAUAUGAAAAUGUAUCUUCAAAGUAGUUGGUUUAUUUGUAUGUUUAGAUAGGAGAAAGUUUAUUCCUUAUUGUUUUUUAAAGAAUUAGAUACAAUCAAUAUUUCUGUGAACUCGUAUUUUGUUUUCAUUUAUAAAAUGCUGAAGAAAGUAGGAACCAAGUAAUUAUUAAGCUUAGUGUCGGAUAAGGUACUUCAAAAAUAAGACUUGCUAUUAUGUGUACCUUUUUGUCUGCAGGUCAUUAUUGCUGUGAUUUGAGCUCAGCAUGGCUGUAGUCAUCCGUUUACUGGGGCUUCCUUUUAUUGCGGGGCCUGCGGAUAUUCGUCACUUUUUCACGGGAUUGACUAUUCCUGAUGGAGGAGUGCAUAUAAUUGGAGGGGAAAUUGGGGAGGCUUUUAUUAUUUUUGCAACAGAUGAAGAUGCAAGACGUGCCAUAAGUCGUUCAGGAGGGUUUAUCAAGGAUUCAUCUGUAGAGCUCUUUCUUAGCAGUAAGGCAGAAAUGCAGAAGACUAUAGAAAUGAAAAGAACUGAUCACAAAGGAAGAGAGCGACCAGGAUCUGGGGCAUCAGGGGUUGGCUGCUUAUCUAAUUUUGUUGAGGGUAUUAAAGAAGAAGCAAGUAAUUCUGGAUAUGGCUCUCCGAUUAACCAAGAUGCUGGGUUUCAUACUAAUGGUACAGGACAUGGUGAUUUAAGGCCAAGAAAGAUACGGCCAUUAAAGGCAGAGAAUCCUUACUUGUUUCUACGAGGUUUGCCUUACUUGGUAAAUGAAGACGAUGUACGUGUCUUUUUCUCUGGUUUGUGUGUGGAUGGAGUAAUUUUCUUAAAACAUCAUGAUGGCCGAAAUAAUGGUGAUGCCAUAGUAAAAUUUGCUUCAUGUAUUGACGCUUCAGGAGGUCUUAAAUGUCAUAGAAGUUUUAUGGGUUCCAGAUUUAUAGAAGUAAUGCAAGGCUCAGAACAACAGUGGAUUGAGUUUGGUGGUAGCCCAAUUAAGGAGGGUGACAUUCCUAUGAGAACUGAAGAACAUUCUCCACCAAGAGGAAUAAAUGAUAGGCAUUUUCGAAAACGAUCUCAUUCGAAAUCUCCCAGAAGGACACGCUCUCGUUCUCCGCUCGGAUAUUAUGUUCACUUAAAAAAUCUGUCCCUAAGUAUUAACAAAAGAGAUUUAAGAAAUUUCUUUAGAGAUACUGAUCUGAGUAAUGAACAGAUUAGGUUCUUAUAUAAAGAUGAAAGAAGAACAAGAUACGCCUUUGUGAUGUUCAAGACGCUGAAAGACUAUAACACUGCUCUGAGUUUACAUAAGACUGUUUUACAAUAUCGUCCGGUUCUUGUUGAUCCAAUUUCUAGAAAACAAAUGCUGAAGUUCAUUGAAUGUUAUGAAAAGAAAAGACCAGCAUCAGUAGAGAAAGAGAGGCUUGGACGUGUGUCACAAAAAUACUCUCAAGAAGGCUACUCUGGCCAGAAACUCUGCAUAUAUAUAAGAAAUUUUCCAUUUGAUGUUACAAAAGUUGAAGUGCAAAAGUUCUUUGCAGACUUUUCUCUUGCUGAAGAUGACAUUUAUUUGCUUUACGAUGACAAAGGCGUUGGUCUGGGUGAAGCAUUGGUGAAAUUCAAAUCAGAAGAACAGGCCAUGAAAGCUGAACGUUUAAAUCGUCGAAGAUUCUUGGGGACAGAAGUACUGUUAAGACUUAUAUCUGAGGCACAAAUGCAGGAGUUUGGUGUAAGUUUUUCUUUGCUGUCCAGUAAGAGAAGGCAGGACCAUUCAAAAUCAUGUGAUAGAGAUGAACCUUCCCAUUCAUUCGACUCAGAUGAUCCACCAGGAUAUGCAGUGGGCCUUCCUGAAAACUUCAGGCAUCUGCAAGAAGACUUGAGGCAGCUGGACAAUUUCAGGCAUCCCCAGGGGGAUUUCCAACAGCCUGAUAGGCGCCCUCCAGAAGACUUUAGACAUUCCCCGGAGGACUUCAGGUGCACCCCAGAAUUCAGGCACUCUCGCGAGGGACAUUUCCGGAGGCCUCCUGAAGAGGACUUCAGAUGCUCGUGGGAGGAUUUCAGAUACUGUGGGGAAGAAGACUUCAGGCACCCGAGGGAGGAGAAUUGGAGGCGGCCACCGGAGGAGGAUUUCAGACAGCCCCCCAAGGAGGACUUUAGGCGAUCCCCUGAGGAGGAUUGGAGGCGACUUCCCAAGGAGGACUGGAGGCGGCUUCCCAAGGAGGAUUGGAGGCGUCCUCCCGAGGAGGACUGGAGGCGACCUCCCGAGGGAGACUUCAGGCGGCCACCUGAGGAGGAUUGGAGACCAUCACCUGAGGAGGACUUCAGGCGGCUCCCCCAGGGGGAAUGGAGGCGACGACCUAAGGAGGACUUCAGGCGACUUUCGGAGGAAGACUUAAGGCAACCUUUCGAGCAGGACUUUAGGCGGCCACCAGUGGAGGACUUCAGACGGUCUCCUGAGGAUUUCAGGUGUUCUCCUGAAGAGGACUUGAGGCGGCACCCCCAGGAGCAUUUCCGGAGGCUGCCUCAGGAGCAUUUCCGGCGGCCGCCCCAGGAGCAUUUCCGGCGGCCGCCCCAGGAGCAUUUCCGGCGGCCGCCCCAGGAGCAUUUCCGACGGUCGCCCCAGGGACACUUAAGGCACCCACCGGAUGAAGAUUUCAGGCGCCCCCCGGAUGAAGACUUUAGGAAUCCUCCUGAGGACGACUUCAGGAGCCCCGAGGAGGAAGAUUUUAGAUGCCCUUCUGAUGAGGACUUCAGGCGGCUCCCGGAGGAAGACCUCAGGGCAGCUCCAGAGGAGGACUCUAGACUCCCUGACGAUUUUAGACCGCCUGGUGAGGAGUUCAGGAGCCCAUCAGAUGAUUUUAGAAGUCAUCGCCCUUUUGUGAAUUUUGGCCGCCCAGAAGGUGGCAAGUUUGAUUUUGGAAAGCGUAAUAUGGGAAGUUUUCCUGAGGGGAGAUUUAUGCCUGAUCCAAAAAUAAAUUGUAGUUCAGGUAGAGUAACACCUAUUAAGAUAAUGAAUCUUCCAUUUAAAGCUAAUGUUAAUGAAAUUCUAGACUUUUUUCAUGGUUAUAGAAUCAUACCUGAUUCAGUUAGGAUACAGUACAAUGAGCAAGGGUUACCUACAGGGGAAGCCAUUGUUGCUAUGAUAAACUACAAUGAAGCUAUGGCUGCUAUUAAAGAUCUAAAUGAUAGGCCAGUUGGCCCGCGCAAAGUUCGGUUAAUUUUGCUCUAGAGAGCACUUCUAAAUUCAGAGUUACCUCUACACAGUAUUGAUGCAGUAAAAUGCAUUUGUUUUUAAAAAAGUGUUUAUUUUAAUAACAAUGAAAAGAAACAUUUUAAAUUUGACCUGUGACUGGAACAAAUAUUAGUGGAAUGUAAAUCUAGCUUUCUUUUGCUUGCAAAUUGCCAUUUAUUUUUUCUAAUUAAAAUUAUAUGUUUUUUGUUUUUGUUUUUGUUUUUUGACGGUAGGGAAGAGGACUAAUUCCCUGAGUGCAUUGAUUUUUGUUGAUGUCAUGGGUAUACCUCAAGACCUGUAUAAAGUAGAGCUGUAUUUGGGGAAGAUAAGUUUUAUAUUCAGUUUUGUUUGCAUUCUGUAGUCUAUAUCUUUUACUCAAAAUGUAUAAGGAAAUGGUCAGUAACUGAUUGUUCAGGUUUAGCAUUUCCAUUGCUGACUGCCUGCAGAAUUAAUGCCCUCUUCUAUGUCUAAGCUAUUACUGUGUUAAACUUCCUAUUAUAAAUACUUCUAAAUGAACAUACUGUGAACUUGAAAUUUACUUAUGUAAAAAGGUUAGGAGAUUCUUAGUUUCCAUGUUCAUGACUUGAAAAGUUUUAUAAAAAUAAAAAAAUUGCAACUGAGUAGACCAACUAAUUAACUUGUAUUUGUAUAAAAGGGAAAAUGAAUUACAGCUUUUGUGAAGUUUUCAACAGUUACAUUAAACAAUAUUUAUGAUAGGAGUGACCAAACACUCUAAUACCAGUGUAGAGUGGUAUGUAUAGUUCUAUGGUUUCUUCAACAUCUCAUCAACCAAACUGGUAAGAUUAACUCAAAAUACUUAAAAGACAAAAAAUAAAGUAAUUGUAGGUACAAAGAGACUUUCAGGCUUAUGCUGGGAACACCAGAUAAAUAGAUAUGGUUUAUGUUUCUAGGAAGAAUUUUUGAAUGAUUUGUGUAACUUCUAUUUUUAUUAGGUUCUCAUUUUUUAAUUUUAAAACUUUGUAUCAAAAGAUUCAAUAACUAAGACUGGUGAGAUCAAAUUUUGACUUUUGAUAUUCAACAUUUAAAAUAGAAUUUUGCAAAUACUGGAUUUGAUUUUUCUAUACCCAUAAUAUUAAUGGCUAACAAAUAUUGGGCACUUACCAAGUGCUAGGAAGUAUGAGUCCUUUACAUGCAUGAUCUCAAUAUGGUAAGAACCAUAGAGUAUUAUUUACCGCUCUUUCAUUGAUGAGAUAAUAAAAGUUUAGAGAGGUUACAUAACUUGCUUAAAAUCAUAGCUAGUGAAUCAUGGAGCCAGUUUCAACACAGACUCACCAGUGACUUCAGUUUAUGUUCUUAACACAUGCCUACUAACUUUGUUAAAUGGUACUUUAAGUUUUAGUAAGACCUUGAUAAAAAUAUUUUCAAGAAUGAAUCAUAUUUUCUUAACUUUUGUUUUACAAAAUGACAUUAAAAAAUAAAAUUGGUGUUCUCAAACACUGCUAAUAAAAGACAAAGUAACUUGAAAAGGUUUUAUAUAUCCAGGGUUUUGGGUACUAACAUUAUACAUUGGCUUCUAAUUUAAAAUUAUUAAUUUUAUCAAACAUGAUUUGACUUUGGUCUUUUAUAGUUACAUACAACAAAGGUAGGUAAUUUUUUUUCAAUUCUGUUGUCCAGCGAUUUCCCACGUUGAGCAAAUAAAUAUAAAAUUUGAAUUGAUAUGCAGUAGUCAUUUAAUAAUAGGAUAGUGCAGAGAUAGAAUACUAUGACUGUUUCAGUACUUAGCCAAUUAGUAGUAUAAGUAUUUUGGAGUAAUCUUCAGUGAUUAAGGAAGUUUGAGAGAAGUCAACCUAAGUUGGUUUUUAAUAAUAGUGAAUAUCCUGCUUGCUAGGAAAAUGAGUAAACUGGUAAGCUUGAUUCAAAAAAAGCACAUCAGUUUGGCUCCUCAAACUGGUAAGCUCCAAGUAGCUAGGAGAAUGAUAAACUAAUAUUCAAACCAAGCACAAUGAACAAAAUAGGAAGAAAUAUUUUUAAAUGCUAAAGAUUAUAUACAUGGCUCAUUUGGUUAGCAUUGUUGAGGAAUGUAUGGAAGACAAAUGGUUUUCAAAUACGUAUCAACAAAAGCUAAGAUGAAGUUUAAAAGUGAAAUAUCACUGAAUGUAGAAUUGCUGAAACUAGGCUGGUGUGGUGUGGUAGUGGUGGAUAAGAGGCCAACAAUAGUGAAUACAAGCUUUGUAUUUUGAUUAUAAAUGUAAAAACAAUGGAUUGAUAUGAAGUUUACUCUGUAUCAGUUUAAUAUAUUUUUAAACUUUUUAAAAUAAAAAGUUUAUCAUAUAAAGCUGGAUUCUGCUGGUUGGGAGCCAUUUUUUCAUCUUUUCCCAACUCUUGUCUUCAGUGAUACAUUGACGACCAAAAGUGGCCAUGGGAGUAUUACACCAUGGAAAUUGGCAAAUGCAGCAAAUCAGGGCGUUUUUCAUUCUAGCGAGCCAGUUUACCAGCACACCACCAAUUUCAAACACACGAAAGAGAACUGUGUACUAAAGCCUCAUAUACCUAUCAUCCAACUUCAGGAUCAUCUCAUAGGCAGUUUUAUUUUUCUUAUUCCCAGAUGUAUCAGGUAAUGCCAUUUUAAUGAUCUUAAACAUUUUCGUCUAGAGGGCAUAUGAAAAAUAUAGAUCAUGUCCAGAAAGUAAAAGUAAGCCAAGAGAUAGGUAGGAAUCAUAUUAGGAGGGCACUUUUACCACUUACUGAGAACAUGGUCAAGAGCAGUAAUUCUUAGUCCAUAUGUCAUGUUAGGCAGUGACUGUGUUACCUCCAUGUUUGUAUUAAAUGUUAGCUAUCAUUUAUUGAGCUGCAUUAGAUACUACAUAUUUAUGAUCUGUAAUUAUGUAAAUUAACUUAUUUAAUCCCAGUAACCCUAAAAACCUUAAACCUAUUUUGGAGGUAAGAAAAUGGAGGCCUAUAGGCUAAAUAACUGCUUGAGGUGGUUGCCUGUUUUUUUUACAAGAAAGGUAAAGGGUUUUUACAUUUAAAGUGGUUACAUUUAAAUGGCUGCUUUUUGUCUUUUGGCCCACUAAUAUAAAAAAUA